AUGCCGCCCCAGCCACUUUUUGCUUCCAAAGCCAGGCAGAGGCAAGUUGUUCAUGAAGAAGCCCGGCAGGCGGCAGUCUUAGAAGCCACAGGCACCCUGCCUUCAGUGACGGACGCCGUGGGCCCAGGCUUAGCCCUGCCUACAAGCAGUGUCACCACCCACCCCGGCUGCACCAUGAGGAUGAGUGUGACCACGGCCUUCAGGAGACGCCGGGCCCCUGCAAGGAUCAAAGAGCAGCCUGCCAGAGGCAAGUGCGCAGGAUGGCUGGAGAAGGUAAGAGCUACAAACACACACCAGAACAAAAUGGCUCCCAGGAUUCCAUUAGUCCCAAGGCAAAGCAGGAUGGCUCUUCCCCAGAUUCCCAGGCGAGGAGACAAAGCUUAUGCGACACCAGGCCAGCACCUACCAGGCUGUCCAGCCUGCUUGUCCUCCCAUGCCAAAGUGGCCCCUUUGGGCAAUCGAGGCUUGACUCCCUGGAGCGGGCCCACUCGAUCCGAGACCUCCUUCCAUGCCUUCUUCACGCCUGUGGUGUCCUUCCUGCACAGUGUCCCUUUCUCGGCAGCAGGCGCACCUGGCUCAGGCGGCGUCUUUCCAGAAUUUGGCAAGAAGGCACCUGUGGGCGGAGCGGAGGAGAGGAGGGCAGCCCCGCUGUUCCAACGCAAAGCCAGGACCAAGGCCCAGAGUGGAGGCCUGCCCAGUCGCCUCCAGAGCAAGCGGCAGCGGGUGGAACUGCCCAGCAUCACCAAGCUGAACUUCAGCCGCAAUUUCACCUUCUCCUUCUUCGAGCUGCCCCCCCAUCAGAGCCACGAGUAUUGGCUGCAGCACCAGCAGCUCAUAUGCCUCCUGAUGAAACAGCUGCAGUAGCAAGGACCUGGGCAGCAGUGAGGGGAAGGGCACCCUGGUGCAGGACCUGAAGCCACCUCCUUGCAGUGCAGCCAGGCACAGAAGGCCCUGGCAGGCUUGCCCACAGUCCCUGGAGGACAGGCCUUCCCACUGUGCCAGCCACUCCAAGAGGCACAGCAAGACCGAAGGAGGCGGGUUUGCGUGCACUCGCCCCCCGCACUCGCCUCACUUCUCCCUGCAGCGGCAACUCGGCCUGCCUGUGUUAAUGGUUCUGCAACUUCCUUCUCUGCCCCUGCCAGCCACCCAACAGCAUAACCUUGGGCCUUGGCCCCCCCAUGAGACGUUCGGCAACAGACACAGCCAAGCUCUCCCCCCCAACUGCAGCCAUGUCUUUCU